AUGGGUACUGGAAACUCUCCGACAUCAUCAUCUCCUUCAGCUCCCGCUUUCUCGCAUCUCAUUGACAAGUCGAGACCAUGGUGGAAAAACAAGAGAAUUGUCCUCCUGAACUUUUGGAUCGUUGUUCUGCUAAUCACAUCCUCGACCAAUGGCUUUGACGGUCACAUGAUGAAUGGCUUACAGUCUCUGACCCAAUGGGAGACCGCUUUCGACCAUCCUUCAGGGGGAAAGUUGGGCUUACUCAACGCAAUCCAAAAUAUUGGAUCACUAUCUGCCUACCCUUUUUCUCCAUACAUGACUGAUGGUCUUGGAAGACGGUUCGCAGUGCUUUUUGGUGCAUGCAUCAUGAUUGCCGCAACAGUCGUUCAGACCGCCAGUCAGUCAGUUGGGAUGUUCAUUGCCGCCCGAUUCAUGAUUGGUUUCGGUUUGACCUUUGCCGCCAGCUCUGCUCCUCUCCUUAUCACCGAAAUAGCAUAUCCGUCGCAGCGUGGACAACUCACGUCUGUCUACAACUGUCUCUGGUAUGUCACAUACGGGACAUUCAACAUUCCAUCAAGUUGGGCUUGGAGAAUUCCAUCUGCCAUACAGGGGUUUCCAUCUGUCAUUCAAAUCUGUUUAAUAUGGUUUGUCCCCGAAUCUCCUCGUUGGCUAAUUAGUAAGGGAAGAGAGGCCCAGGCUCUGAAAACUCUAGCAUACUACCAUGCGAAUGGCAACGAGCAAGAUCCACUCGUCGAGUAUGAAUUCGAGGAGAUCAAAGCUGCCAUCAAAUUCGAUCGAGAAGUAGCCUCGAAUGUCGGUUGGAUGAGCUUGAUCAAGACACCGGGAAACAGAAAACGCAUGAGAAUCAUCACUGCGCUCGCCUUCUUUUCACAGUGGUCGGGCAAUGGUUUGAUAUCGUAUUACAUCAACAAAGUGCUGGACGCAAUUGGAGUUACCGACCCGAACACUCAGUUGUUGAUUAAUGGAUGCCUUAGUAUAUGGAGCUUCAUUUGCGGCAUGACGGGAGGUUUAUUGUGUGACAAAGCUGGUAGACGGCUGCUCUUCCUGACUUCAAGUCUGGGUAUGCUCCUCUUCUGGACACUACAAACAAUAUGCUUCGCUGUCGACAACGAAGAUGGUGAUCUCAAUGCAGGCUAUGGGUAUAUAGCCAUGAUUUUUUUGUUUACUACCUUCUACACUAUGGCGUUCAGUCCUCUGAUCGUCUCCUAUACCGUUGAGAUUCUCCCAUAUAACUUACGUGCUAAGGGUUUCGUGUGGUUCAACUUUACGGUAUCGUUAUCUGUUAUUUUCAAUCAAUAUGUAAACCCUAUUGCCCUUUCCGCGCUCGGAUGGAAAUACUACCUUGUUUACGUUUUCUGGAUUGCUUUUGAAGUUGUCUUCCUAUGGUUCUUCGUCGUCGAAACGCGAAAUAGAACUUUAGAGGAAACAGCCGCACUAUUCGAUGGCGACGAGACCGUGGCGCAAAUCGCUGAAAAGGCUGCUGUGAGCGCAGGCCUUCCUGUGGAUCAAGCCAACGACGACAACGAGAAGAAGUCGCGUAGUGAGGAGAGGAUUGAGGACAUGAAGUAUUGAUUGACCUAUUCGAGAACAUCACACCUUCAGACAACUCUCGAUGUAAAGAAUGUCAUUAAAAGAAGUGGAGGGCUUGUGACCGCAGUCCGAUAAUUAGCGAUAGUUAUGAACAUUUCGGAUGAUUUUGCUUAUGUGUUGUGUACUUCUAUCAUGCACUCUUUUCAUGGUGACCUUGUCAUCCUUAUACGAAUUGACUGACGAUGGUCCACAUCAACGUUUGAUCCGACUUGAACGCUCAGCGCUUGAAGUCACUGAAUCGGCAUGUUCAGUGUCGUCGGCAGACACGUCUGCUACCGUGACAUUUCUCUGGCAUCUAAAUUGUGAGAAAACAACACACAACAUCACUCUACAAUCUGCUCGAUGUCCUGGUACGGGCACAGCAUCCUGGCACAGACGAGAAUCCACGAAAGCGACGUAACCGCGAGAAUGUCCAGAGAAGUUGAUGAGGUCCACGAAAAUAGCUGAGUAUGUGUAAACAUAAACCCGACACUACAUUAUCCCAUAAGUAAAGGUGCUCCAGACGGACGUCUCGUCUACCUCGAUGGUUUCUAUGAAUACGUACUCGGUAUCAACAAACAUGCCAGAGUGGUCGGACUGUUCAUUCCAACUGUGGGUUUUUCGGGUCUCCUGCCAGUGAUUGGAACGACUGCGCGGGCACCACACUCUAGUACAUUUGCUGCCACGCGUUAUUGCUGCCCUGGACCGAAACUUCGAGGGAUCUAGAUAGGGCAGUGUCGUACAUCCGGGGUUAUCUCCGUCUUCUAUGGGUUCACGGGCAUAUAUGUACCUGGAAAUUCCAUAUGCUGGGGCCUCUUAGGCAUA